CGAGACGUUAGAUGUUCACAUUACAUAGUAGUUUCACACGUAUAUACGCCAAGUGUUUAAUCUUUUUUCUAGCGUUUCAGUUGACAAAAUAACGUUGAAUAGAACAAAAGUGUAGCGGAUGCAAAGGAAUAAUAUUAAAAGAUAAAAUAAUAAGUUUAAAUAAAAAGGAUACACUCCACGACUGCACAGAAUAUACAACAAAAACCAACAUGACCAAUACAUCACACACGCUGGCAAAUACACCGAAACACAUACUAAAAUUAAGCAGAAAUGAAAAACUUGAGUUUUUGAAUUCUUUCGAUCGCGUCUUCUCCGACGUAGAUGGUGUCGUCUGGAAUUUACAUCACCCCAUACCGCAGGCCGAGGAGGGUUUUAAAAUACUCAUCAACGCUGGUAAGGAAGUUAGUUUCAUUAGCAACAACAGUAUACGACCAAUGAGUGAUUUUGCGCGAAAAUUUAAAGUACUCGGCAUGGAUUUCGAUGAGGAGUCAUUUAUUCAUCCUGCUAAAAGUAUUGUGCAGUAUCUCAAAAGUAUUAACUUCAAAGGACUCAUUUAUGUUAUAGCAUCCGAUGCCGUUAAGAAUCUAUUGCGAGAGGCCGGAUAUGAAUUUAUUGACGGCCCUUUGGAACCCAUUAAAGAGUCUUACACCGAGCUGGCGCGUCAUAUCUUUGGUAAGGAGCCGGUGCGUGCGGUCAUCAUUGAUGUGGACUUUAAUCUCUCCUCGACUAAACUUAUACGCGCACACAUCUUUCUACGCCAUCCCGAUUGCAUACUAAUUGAGGGCGCCACUGAUAAGCUAAUGCCAGUGGAUGUUGGCGUAGAUAUUAUCGGACCUGGUCCCUUUAGUCAGAUCAUUUCCGAUUCCACUAAAAAGCCACUAAUUACCUUGGGUAAACCAGGCAAAGCGUUGGCUGAGAUGGUUGUGCAGAGAUUUGAUAUAAAAGAUACUAAACGUGUACUGAUGAUUGGCGAUAUGUUGGAGCAGGAUGUUGGCUUUGGUCGGCAAUGUGGCUUUCAGACGCUCGUUGUGCUUACCGGUGGCACGACUAUACAAAAAUUACAAGAAGAAUGCAAUCCAGCGAAUAUACCGGACUAUUAUGCGGAUAGUAUGGCAGAUUUCGUUGAAUUUGUGGAGGAUUUGAAUAAGGCCAAGGUGUAGAAAGGUACUUAAAGGUGGUGGUCGUGAUGUGCCAGAAAAUUUGCGAAGCAUGAAAAAAAAUGUAUUGAUUUAUUUUGUUUAUUUAUGUGUGU